UCAACGAAUUUAACGCCUUAUUUAUUGGUGUCCGUCAACAGGUCUCGUCAUAUUCAGCCCUAGCUCUUGGAGCUUUAAUCCACAGGGACCAAAAGGGAGGGACCUCGAAACAUCUUUCUUUGCCGUUUUAGUCCUCAACCUUUUUGAAAUCUUAACCCCAGAUUCCCUGUCAAUACUGUUUCUUGAAUUAUUUCCCUCCUCUUCAAAAAGAUUCCAAUUUUUCCUGUUAUUUUAGAUCCCUAAUUCCUUCACUCAGAUUAACACCCACCAUAUCUUUUAUUUAUUUAUUUAUUUUUGUUCGCAUUUGACUGCUGUAAUUGAACCAAGCAGUCACUUGUGAAGUUUCUGCAAAAUUAACGUUUAGGGUCUUUUUUGAGUUUCUAAGUUGGAGAGGGGAAAAUAAAUAAGGAAGUUGAAUGUGGAUGCAAGAAAUUGAAGAGUAAAUUUUGAAAACCUAGAACUUGCUGUUGCGUCCGAUAUGAAGCAGUUGUGGGGACACAAAAAUGGCUGUUCAUGCUGUGAAAACUGAAGUUUGAUAUUGGUGUUCUACUGCUCUGAGGUUUGAGGAAAUUUUGUUCCGGAAACUGUUUGAAUUCCUUUCAUCAGUGGACCGGUACUAGGUAACUCUGUGCACCAAGGUUUGGGCAAAUGGGGAAGAAAUCACCUAACAUUUUUGCCUCCACUGGAUUUGAGCCCGAGACUUCAGGGUUUUCAGCCCACUUCUUUGACCACUAGGCCACACACCUUGCUAAGUGUUAAAUUAUAUGAUUUGGAUUAAAAAUCGUCGUAUAAAAUAUGUGAUUACAUUUGUCCAGUGUUUGGUUAUUGGUAUUAGCUAAUACCACUAUAAUAUUUUGUACAAAGUCUUGGUAUUAUCUAUCCCAUAUUGGAUGUGGGAUUAUAGUCCCAGGAUAACCUUUUUUCAAACCAAACGAGUCCUAAGUUAUCACUGGUCUUGCUUAUCUGCUUCCGUGGGAAAAUGUUCCUUUUGUGCUUUCACUCUUCUUCAAAGUUCUAUCAUGUUUGCCCUCUAGUUCUCUAAUCUAUUUUAGCCUAUUUAUUUAUACUUACUUUCCCUUAUUUAAUUUCUUAUCAGUCCUGGGAUGAAUUCUACAAAUAUGGUUGGCUUGUGUAGUAACAAUCUUGGAGGUGUGGAGACAAAGGCUGUUAAGUUGGAAUCAGGAUUGGUUGAAAGUUCAAUACCACAAAUGGAAUACUGUGAAGCUGACCCCUUGCCAUACCAAAAUACCUCAAGCAAUUGUGGAAGGCAAGAUUCUGCAACUACUGAGCAGAGUGGCACCACUGUCUUGGAUCAAGAUCAGUCUCCAAUAGAUGAUUCAAGUCUUUGUUCUACAUCACAAAUUUGUCCAGCACCCCUAUCUCGCCAGUUCUGGAGAGCUGGAAAUUAUGAUGAGGGGCUUACUACUAAGUCCACCCUUAAAAAGGGCUCCAGUUUCCUUCACAUUCACCCCAAGUUCCUUCACUCAAAUGCAACUUCCCAUAAAUGGGCAUUUGGUGCCUUGGCGGAGCUUCUUGACAAUGCUGUUGAUGAGAUACAAAAUGGAGCCACCUUUGUUAUUGUAGAUAAAACCUUGAAUCCAAGGAAUGGAAGUUCAGCUUUAUUGGUUCAAGAUGAUGGCGGUGGAAUGGACCCAGAAGCCAUACGUCGUUGUAUGAGUUUUGGAUUUUCGGAUAAGAAGUCAACUUCAGCUAUUGGACAGUAUGGAAAUGGUUUUAAGACCAGUUCAAUGAGACUUGGGGCAGAUGUUAUUGUCUUUAGCCGCUGCACAAAGAACAGGAAAUUGACACAAAGCAUUGGGCUUCUAUCUCAGACAUUUCUGUCCCGAGCGGGCCUUGACAGAAUAGUGGUUCCUUUGAUUGACUUUGAGUUCAGUUCAGCAGCUGGAAAAUGGAACUCGUUACAUGGUGAACAGCAUUUUGUGAGUAACCUUUCCUUGUUGUUGCGCUGGUCUCCAUUUGCAACAGAAGCAGAGCUUCUUAAGCAAUUUGAUGACAUUGGUGAUCAUGGCACAAAGGUGAUUGUCUACAAUUUGUGGUUUAAUGAUGAAGGGAAAAUGGAGCUCGACUUUGAGGCAGAUCCUGAGGAUAUUCGUCUUUCAGGGGAUGCAAACGAUAAAGAGAAGAGUGGCUCUCGUAUUUCAGCAAGUGACCUGCAUCUUGCUAACCGUCUUCGUUACUCACUACGUGCAUAUUUAUCAGUGUUGUACUUGCGGAUCCCAGACAACUUCUGUAUUCUGUUGCGUGGACGGAUUGUUGAAUGCCAUAACAUUGCUAAGGAUCUCAAGUAUCCUGAAUUUAUCAUGUAUAAGCCUCAAACAGUUGGAUUCAAAGAGGGUUCAGUCAUUACUACAAUUGGCUUCCUAAAGGAAGCUCCAGUGGUGAACGUUCAUGGGUUCAAUGUCUACCACAAAAAUCGUUUGAUACUGCCAUUUUGGCAUGUUGUAAGGUACUCUGAUAGUAGAGGCAGAGGAGUUGUUGGUGUUUUAGAAGCAAACUUUAUUCAGCCAACUCAUAAUAAGCAGGACUUCGAGAAAACCCCUCUUUUUCAAAAGCUUGAAGUACGCCUAAAGGAGAUGACAUGGGAGUACUGGGAUUAUCACUGCGGGCUCAUUGGUUACCACCCAAAGAAAAAACCUCAGCGACCGAUAACUCCUCAGGCUUCAUCUGAAUCUAGACAACAACAUGGCACAUAUAAACCUGUUCUCUUGGGUAAAAACUCCUUUAGUGCUGUUGGACCAAUAACUCCUCAGGCUUCAUUGGAAUCUAGGCAACAACAUUGUUCAUAUAAACCUGUUUUCUUGGGUAAACACUCCUCUGGUGCUGUUGGUUCAAACAUUACAGUACGCGGAACUGUAACACCAGUCUUUCAAAAUAACUCUAGACAAGGAGCUUCAAAAAGGAAAGAAGCUGAUCGUCCAAUAGAACAGGAAAGCUUGAAACGGACAGCUGGACUAGUAGUUGAUUUAACUGGCGGUGGGCGAAGUCAACAAAUUCUGACUCCCACUUCAAGUGGCUUACAAGAUCAAGAGGCUUCCCACUUUAUUCAAGAGAAUCAAAAGCUCCGUGCCCAGUGCUCGGAUUUUGAGAAGAGGGAGGAAGAACUUCAUGGGAAGGUUAAUAAGCUUCGGAAGGAGCUUAAAGAAGCACAACGUACCUAUGCGCACUUGCUAGUGGAAUCAAGAUUAUUAGACAAAGUCAAGCCGGAAGACGAUGUAGUUCUUUAAGGAAGUGCCCCCAUCUUUGCACUGUCGUUAGCUCUCUUUGCAAAUGAAUUGUAAUUUUAGCUUGUUGAUAAAAUCUGGUUCCUUUCUCUGUUCUGGCGGUUUUGUACCAAAAUCUUGUUUUCUUCUUUCGUUGAUGGACCAGAAUGGAAGGUGGAAUCGAAGUUUUCACUGUUUCUUACAAGUCUCAUUCUCGAUUUUUUA